CGGCCGAAUCUGAUUCAGGCGAGCCGAGGCCUGCAAAACGCUAACAUUGCAGCCUGCGCGCAUGCGUCCUAAGGGACCCUCAAGCCGCAGCUCCCGCGGAGCGCAUGAGCAGUAACCGUCCCUCCGUUUCCUAGGCGAGUGCAUGCGCAGUGUUGUCGGGCGGUGUCGGUUCCGGGUGAAGCGGCGGCAGGAGCGGCUGUGGGAGCUUCUUGAUUAGAUCGGCCAUGGCGGCAGCGGCGGCGACAGCAGCCCCGGGCGGGGCAGGAGCCGUGCCGGUACCUGGAGCGCCGAGGCUGGGAGUGGAGACGGUGAAAGGGCAGGUGUUUGACGUGGGGCCGCGUUACACGGAUCUGCAGUACAUUGGCGAGGGGGCGUACGGCAUGGUCUGUUCUGCCUAUGACCAUGUCAACAAGAUCCGGGCUGCUAUCAAAAAGAUAAGUCCCUUUGAGCACCAGACAUACUGCCAACGCACACUGCGAGAGAUCAAGAUCCUUCUGCGCUUCAAGCAUGAAAAUGUCAUCGGCAUCAAUGACAUUCUGCGUGCGCCUACCAUUGAUCAGAUGCGAGACGUAUACAUAGUUCAGGAUUUAAUGGAAACAGAUCUCUAUAAAUUGCUGAAGACCCAGCAGCUCAGCAAUGACCACAUCUGCUACUUCCUCUACCAGAUUCUCAGAGGGCUAAAAUACAUUCACUCCGCCAAUGUGCUUCAUCGGGACUUGAAGCCCAGCAAUCUUCUCAUUAAUACCACGUGUGACCUGAAGAUCUGUGAUUUUGGCCUGGCCCGGAUUGCUGACCCAGACCAUGACCAUACAGGUUUCUUGACAGAAUAUGUUGCUACUCGCUGGUACCGAGCCCCAGAAAUUAUGCUUAAUUCCAAGGGCUAUACCAAGUCCAUUGAUAUAUGGUCUGUGGGCUGCAUCCUGGCUGAGAUGCUGUCAAACCGACCCAUCUUCCCUGGCAAGCAUUACUUGGACCAGCUCAACCACAUCCUGGGUAUUCUGGGUUCCCCAUCUCAGGAUGACCUGAACUGUAUUAUCAACAUGAAGGCUCGCAACUAUCUCCAGUCACUGCCCCAAAAGCCCAAAGUUCCAUGGGCCAAACUGUUUCCAAAAGCUGAUCCCAAAGCUCUGGACCUGCUGGACAAAAUGUUGACCUUUAACCCCAAUAAGCGCAUCACAGUGGAGGAGUCCUUGGCCCAUCCUUACCUAGAACAGUACUACGACCCUUCAGAUGAGCCGGUUGCUGAGGAACCAUUCACUUUUGACAUGGAACUGGAUGACCUGCCCAAAGAGAAGCUGAAAGAACUGAUAUUUGAGGAAACAGCACGAUUCCAGCCCGGCUACCAAGGGCCCUGAAGGGCAGUUUGGACCACUGGUCUCUGCUUCACCAGGAGAUGAUUUGGGACUGCAUCCGGCUCCCCUGCUGGAUUUGAGGGGAGCCCAGGAUUCAGGGGGUACCAAUUUGGGGAUGCCCCUGUCGACUUGCUGUACAACUGCGCUUUGCUACGUGGCUGUGAACCCUGGUAACCCAUCUCUGGACCCCCUUAAUGUGAUGUGUCAGGGUGAGACCCUGGUGCCCAGAUUGAGGAAGGGGAGGAACUACUACUCCCCCUUACAGGAGGGAAGGGAAUUUGGUUCCCCCUACCCUUUAUACCUCUUCAAAGAAAUUGAAGGGGGAGUAUCAUCUCCUUUUUUUCUUUUUCUUUUUUUGGCAUUUUAUUGUCUUUGUUAAUGAGUUAAUAAACUAAUGCUGAUUUUAGCAGGGCCAUUCUCUGAUCCCUUGGGCAUUAUUAGCAGGGGAGUUGAACAUAAAAUCCUGGCUCCUGGAGUCUCCCUCGUAUAAUCCACUGAGCCCCUGCUACCCUUUGUAAAUGGGAACAGGACACAAUGGUUCUGUCACCCAGCUUUGCACAAGACUCCUCAAGAACCCAGGAGUCCUGGAUCUUCCCUGCACAAAUGGAGGGCAUGACUGUGCUAACCUUUGUUCAUGGGUUAGUCCCAUUCUGAAUUGCUUGUAAUGCACAUCUGACCAUACUGAUCACUGUGGAUGACAUCUGGUAUGCAGUGCAAGAUAAGAGCCAUCAGAUGCUGUCAAGUAUGCCGGGUUUGAAGAGGGGGCUAUAUUCCCCCCCCUUCCUGCUUUAAUUAUGUUAUUUGAAAAGCUGCGCAGAUGGAAAGGAAGGCUUCUAAGUUCAUCUGCUUCUUCUGAUUGGAGAAGGCAGAGUUUGUGGAUGUCUCCCUCUCCACCCUUUACCACCAACCCCAUUUGCAUCUGUUCAAUUGGGCAGCUGGUUAUGUAAACUCUUGCAUACAUCAAGAUACCAACUGGUCUCUGCAACAGCACGGCACUUUGUCUUCUUGCUGCUAGAAACUAAAAUGGGUGCCCUCUAAUUUUUCCUUCCCCAGUGAUAUUUUUAAACAACGGUGUGCGUAUUUUUUUUAACUCGGUCUCUUAUCAUGCAAAGCAGAAUCGAAAAGGAGUAGAGCCUGCACUGAUCAGAAAACAUGAGUUUUGAAAGGGAGGGAGAGGCUGGGAAGAUGACGGACCAUCACAUCUGUGUGUCCUGAGGGGACAGCCCAGCUUACCCUGUUAAUAACCAAACAGUGUGGGUGGAGGAGAUAUUUCAGAUACAUGAGCACUAGAGCAGGUGAUUCAUUUUGGUGUCCGCUGUAAGUAGUAGGAGUUAAACCGCCUCAUUUUGAAAGUGAGUCCUCAGCAAAGUGCUGCCUCUCAUAUGGAUUAACUUAAGUCCUUCCAUCUACAUGCGUGCCAUUAUGGGAUACCAAUAUGGAUGAAUGAGACUGCCAGAAACUUUGAUUUCCCAAAGGGGGAAGUCCUGUAAGCAGAAAAAAGAAUGGAUUAUGGGAACUUUUUUUUUGUUUCCUUGGCUUUCCAGCUGAAUGAGAAGGAAGUCUCAAGCAUGUUCUGACACCAUUGUUCAUUUGUUUAGACCAGCCAUCCCCCAACCCUAGCUUCCAGAUGUGUUGGACUACAGCUCCCACAAUCCACAGCUGAUACGCUUAAUGGCAAUGCUUGAGGUUGUAAUCUAACAGACCUGGAGGGCACUAAGAUGGGAAAGGCUGCUCCUGAAGUUAGAUAUGAUGAUGUGGGAUGGGCUUCCUUUGUGUAGUGUGUAAUAUUUUGAGGAAACUUGGAUUGAAGGGAAUUAAUGCCUCCCCAUCUCUCUUGCUUUGAAUUGUAUAAAGACCCUGAAAUAAAUCAUUCCUUUAUUCCUUCA